AUGAGUAUUCCAUCACAAUCUCAAUCAUCACCAGUUAUACAUUUUACUCAUAUUGUUCGUCAUGGUUCAAGUCCAUCGAAUCGAAUCAUUGUUUCACCUUCUACAUCAAUUGAUUACGAUAGUCAACAACAAUUUUCAGCAUUAAUCCAUCGUCCUCAAUCAACACCAAUAUCAUCUCCUGUAUUACUUUCACGAUUACCUUCAAAUAUUUUUGAUAAUCAACAAACAAAUGAAAAUUCGACAACAGUUACAAAAAAUAAUAAAAAACAACGGAUAACAACACUCAAUUAUUCAUCAUUAACCAAUGUAACACCUUUAAAUGAUAUAAAUAAUAACAUAAGAUCUCAAAUUCUAUUUGAACUAAAUGAUGAUGAUGAUGAUGAUGAUGAUGAUAAUAAUAAUAAUAAUGAAGAUCGAUAUCUUCUUCGACCACCACCUCUUAUGGUACUUUCUCAAACUAUUCAAGCUAAACAUCCUGAACAAUUAACUGAUACUAAAUUAAAUAAUCGAUUUUCAUCAAUUAAAGAUUUACCAAAUUCACCAGCAAAUUAUUCAUUUGUUUUCUAUGGUUUUACAUUAACGUUUGUAUUUCAAAAAGAAAACAAUAAUUUAAAGAAUAGUUCUUGUGUUUUAUUUUGCAGACAACUCGAGGAAGCUAAACGAUUAACUCGUCGUAUGGGUGAUUGUUUUACAUCUGAAGUAAUUGAUUUAACAACAACACAUGUUAUUUUACCUAAUGAUGAUCCUCAUAUGACAAUAACACUUGAUCUUAUUCUUGCACUUAUAUAUGGAUGUCGUAUAGUAACAUUCGAAUGGCUAAAAUCUUCAUCACAUAUUGGUGAAUGGUUAUAUUUCAAUAAAUUUGAACCAAAAAAAUUCUUCAAUUCAAAUCCAUCAUUAAAUAUUUAUCGUAAAUCUCGUCAACAAAGAAAAUCAAUUGAAUUAUUUAGUCAAUGUGGUUUAAUUUAUUUAACAUCUCUUGUUCAACAACGACAUUUAUUACUUAAAUUAAUUACAUUGUUAGGUGGAAAUAUUACAAUUAGUCGUGAUCGUGCAAAAAUGAUUGUUGGACAAUCAUCAAAAAUACUUCAGAUAAUUAUUCAUCCACAAGUUAAUGAACAAUGGGUCAUAGAUUCAAUUAAAAUGGGGAAAUGUCUUCCAACAGAUGAUUAUUUAAUUGAAGAUUAUAAUGAUUUGUCAACAUAG